AUGUUUUUCUCUGGUACUCCUCAUGAUUAUCUCAGUUCAGAAUGUUUUAAGAAAACCCAGUUUCAGUUCCAUUCUGCUAUUUCCACUUCGUUCAACUUGAGCCCUUUUAACACUACAAGAAAUGUUGUUAGGUCCUUGAGAUGUCCAGGUCCCACAAUCUUUCCCUUGUAUAUUUCCUCGUUGACUUUCAAAAAUCCAAGUUUUUCCAGAAUUGGAGCAGACAAGUACCAAGAAAGCAGUGUUGAUGACAACAGCGAGACUAGUGAAGUUGAGCAUGAUGAUGAUGACGACCUAGAUAAGCCUUAUUGUGUCAAAGAUGAGACUCUUUCCGAGGAUGUAAUAGCUAUUUUGGGUAUUUUACAGGAACCUAGAAGGAGCAUAUCUCAAGUGAAAAACAAGCUUCAGGAUUGUAGCAUCAAUGCCUCAUCGCAGUUGGUUGUAGAGGUCCUUUCUAGAGUGCGUCAUGACUGGGAAGCUGCAUUCACUUUCUUUAUCUGGGCUGCAAAGCAGCCAGGCUAUGCAUAUUCUUUGCGUGAAUACCACUCAAUGAUCUCUAUCCUUGCAAAAAUGAGAAAGUUUGACACAGCGUGGGCUUUGAUCAAUGAAAUGAGGCACAGCAGGACUGGUCAAUCUCUUGUGACUCCUAAGACUCUAUUGAUCAUGAUUAGGAGAUAUUGUGCUGCACAUGAGGUGGGGAAGGCAAUAAACACUUUUUAUGCUCAUAAACUUUUUGAAUUUGAUGUAGGGAUGGAGGAAUUCCAUAUUCUUCUUUCGGCUCUCUGUCGGUACAAAAAUGUGAGAGAUGCUGAGCAUCUGCUCUUCUGCAAUGAAAAUGUUUUUCCAUUUAAUACAAAGAGCUUUAACAUUAUCCUGAAUGGAUGGUGUAAUAUCAUAGGUUGUCCUCGUGAGGCCAAGAGAAUUUGGAGGGAGAUGUAUGAAAGAGGAAUUGCAUAUGACGUUAUAUCAUACUCAAGUAUUAUUUCUUGCUUCUCAAAGACCAGGAACCUCAAGGAGGUGCUUAAACUCUUCAAUCAGAUGAAGCAUCAUGAUAUUGCUCCCGAUAGGAAAGUUUAUAAUGCAGUCAUUCAUGCACUUGCUAAAGGAAGGCGUGUGAAGGAGGCUCGAUUUCUCUUGCAGAAAAUGGAGGAAGACGGUAUUUCUCCAAAUUCUGUUACUUAUAAUUCAUUGAUCAAGCCAUUAUGCAGAGCCCAUCAAUUAGAUGAUGCCCAAGAGGUCUUCCAUGAGAUGUUGCAACGUGGGCUGUCCCCUACCGUUUGGACUUACCAUGCCUUCUUUCGCAUCCUAAGAUCAGGGGAACAAGUGUUUACACUCUUGGAGAAGAUGAAUAUGAUGGGCUGCCUUCCCAGUGCUGAAACUUACACCAUGUUGAUUAGAAAGUUCUGUCGCUGGCACCAGCAUGAUGAUGCCCUCAGGCUGUGGAAUGAGCUGAGCAGAACUGGUGUAAUGGGUCCUGAUGAUAGCCGGCUUGGUUCAGUGGUCAGGCAACUAUCCAGCCCAGAAGGUUCAAUAAGGAAAGAGAUUGCAUCCAACAGCUGGAAACCAGAAUGGUGUUCUGAGGGUCAGCCUUUUCUCUAUGGGAGCAAUAGCUUUUCAACAUGA